AUGCCAGUGCGCGCCAGUCCCGUGCCCGGGCUGGGUCGAGGACAGAGUCACUUCUCGCAACCGGGGCACUUUGAGAAGUUCCUGCGUCUCGGUCGCCUCCACUACGAGGACAACAUCUCCUCGCCCGAGUUCGUCCCGACCAGCGACCAGUGCGCCGACAUCUGGACGAAGGCUCUCGACAAGACGACCUUCCUCAAGCAUCGAGCCAAGCUCGUCCGCUGGCUGAUCUACUAG